UCCCAGAAUGCACCACGAUAAGACCGGCCUCUCCUUCGUUAGGUCCCCGCCUCUCAGCUGUGCAGCUAGGUAAACAAACAGGAGAGGAGAGGAAAAGAGCAGCAGCGGACACCGUGCUGGCUCCAGGCCCUCUCUGGGAAAUUUUAUAUAGUUUAUAUACACUUUUUGUAAUAUCGUGUUUCCUACCAACUUUUAGUACUUUGAUACACUGGUUUUGACAUUUUCUAACAGCGAAACCUGGCAAGGAUUGGCUGUAGCUUGCCAGCUUGGAAACACUGGAUUUUUUUCUUCUCAUUUCGACAAAGGCUGCUGAUGAGCCAGUGAGGACAUUGGGCAAGAUAACAACUCGCCGUGUUUUUUUUAAGUGUCAUUCAGUGUUGUAAUAACCGAUGCACUGUCUUCCCUGUAUUUAAACCCGACCUGUCGCCGCUGCUUUUUGUGAAGCUAACGUUCAGUUAAACUGAAGAGGGGCAUAGCUAACGUCAACGGCAGCCAGUCUCAGGAAAGAAUGACGGCGGUUCAGCUAAUAAAUAUCCAACGUUUAUUGGAAGCUGCGGAAUAUCUAGAACGGAGAGAAAGAGAGUGUGAACACGGAUAUGCUUCGACAUUUCCGUCAAAUCAGAACACAAACUACCAGAGGCAAAGAAAAUUCCGAAAUAAGAAGUUCAGCAGUAACCACAAUAGGUCCACACAUAAUGAGCUGGAGAAGAACAGACGAGCUCACUUGCGGCUGUGUCUGGAGCGGUUGAAGGCCCUCAUACCCCUGGGACCCGACUGCAACCGCCACACUACCCUGGGCCUGCUCAACAAAGCCAAAGCACACAUAAAGAAACUUGAAGAGACAGACAGGAAGAGCCAGUACCAGCUGGAGUCUCUGGAGCGCGAGCAGAGGCACCUUCAGCGCCAGCUGGAGCUGCUGAGGGGAGGCAGCGGUGCUGCAGCCCAGAGCAGCCCAGGGGAGGGGGAACGGAUACGCAUGGACAGCGUGGGCUCCACCCUCUGCUCCGACCGCUCCGACUCUGACCAAGAGGAGAUUGAGGUGGACGUGGAAAGCACGGAGUUCUCCCAUGGAGAGCUGGACAGUGUGAGCACAGCCAGCACCAGCGACCUGGACGACCACAGCAGCCUGCAGAGCAUGGCCAGCGACGAGGGCUACUCCUCCUGCAGUGUCAAACUUGCCUUUUCCUCCUAGAGCUCCACUCCGCCACCACCUCCCUGCCAAACUCGCCUGCCCUCCCCAUCUGUUUAUCCAUUCGACCAUGCCUACAUACAGUCACCUCCGACAGUGUCCACGCCUCCGGCUGACGGCGUCCCUGUUGCUCCCGCCUCUCAGCAGCAUCCCCUCUGUUCCUAGCCUUUAGUUGCCCCCCUCUUCCUCCUGUGCUGCUGAACCCACUGUUGGAGGAGCUCCGCACAGAGCUCUUCCUCACCUCUGAAUUUUGAGCUACCCUGACCGACACCAGGGAUCCAAACACAGUGAUGUGAGACUGCCAGUUGGUUUUAAUAUUCUUCUAACAGGAGAUCAUCUUAAUGUUGAAUGAUUGAUUUUCCUUCUUCUAUUUCCUCGAACUGUCAAAUGUCUAAAUUUUUUAAAGAUACACAACCCCUAAUUUAAUCCAAAAUGCACUUAAAUUCUUAUGAUAUUGAAAUAAGUCAGAGUUUCUGUUUGGGUCUCUCUCCUGUGUGUGCACAUCUAAUCUGGACUAUAAUGAACACUGUGGGUGAACUUUGCCAUAUCAACACAGCUUGGCCCUGAUAAACGUCCCCUCAUUCCUGAAUUUAAUCCUUUGUCUUAUUGUUUUUUUCAUGACCUCUGCUCGACACUGCAAAAGCUCAAACACUUGAACUGGUGCUAUUGUGAAACAAACCAACGGGGAAGCAGAUCAGAUCCACCACAACUGAGCUUUUAAAGCAAACAAAGUGUGUCUGCCAUGAUUGUUUCCAACCAAGCGUGGAAGAAAACAACCACAAAAAUGGAGGUUAAAAAAAAACAAACAUUCCUGUCGAAUGUGGGUGCUCAGUGCAUUUUCAAAGAGUGGAAAUUGUAAUGUGUGUGUGUGUGUGUGUUUUGUUUUGGUUUCUUUCCCCGUCGACAAGCAGCUACAACAAGCUAUCCUGCACUUGCCUACUUCAGAGCUGUCCAUAGAAACGGCACAAAUCAAGAAGUGGAAAAAAGAAAAACAACAAAAAAACUAAACAAAAAAUAACAAAAAAAAAACAGCAACAAAGAAAAAGUCCAAACAACAACAAACUUUGGAGUAGAUGUCCAUACUCUUUCCAGCAGUAACAAGCAAUAACUGUAGUUGUUUUUGUCUCGUCAGUUUUAACUCCCUUCACAAUUUUUUUUUCUCCCUUAAAGACUGUGUGACCGUCCAUAAAGCAAAUUUCCUUCUUUUUUGUACAUACAAAUAGUUUAAUAAAUUAAAAUUUAAAAAUGAGUUUAAAAAAAGGUAGAGCUCAUGGAUAGAACUAUCGGCUCUGUUGCUGUUUGAUCUGUGUUUAUUGUGCUUUUUAAAUUAAUUUUUGGAAAGAUUUUAUCCUCUUCAGAGUGGCAGCGGAUGCAGCAUGGGCCACUGUUGCUUUGUCCAGUUUUGCAGGUGGAAACAUUGGAAAGUUACUCGUUUUGUUUGCUGCGCUGACAAGGAACAGAAAACUCUUCAACGUGAUAAAAACAAUAGAACAACUUCCCGUUCAGCUGCGCAAAAAAGUAAGCCGGUAGGACUUCUGUUGGAGAAUGCUGAGUCUGUGUGGCACUCUUUUAUUUAUUAGCUUUUUUUUUGUUUAUGAUGUUAAUGAAUGGGGAGGGGGGGUAUGUGGCAUUCCACUGGUGGUCAGGUGAUCUGUGGAGGAAAAGUCUGAAGUGUGAGAAGAAGCAAACGGGUUUUAUGAUGUCAAUGUUCGCCAUCCAAACUCCACUGGCAUUAAGAAUUGCACUUCAGCCACAGUUCUCUGUAAUUUUUUUUUCUUUUCUUUUCUGCUGUCAUGUACUCUCAUGGACCCUUCAUGAAUCCUUUUGUAUGUGGGGAAAAAGAAAGAGAAAAAAAAAAACAUCGGCCUUUUAAAUAUUUAUUUCUCAAUUCUUCAAUGAACACAAAGAAUGGGGAAAAGAAGUUAACUUAUUUUGUUUCUGUCUUAUUCUACUCCUCUUUUUGACAUUUAUUCCUCAUUCCUUAUUUUAAGACUUGUUGAUUUUAUGUUGUUUUUUUUUUGUUUGUUUGUUUUUUGUUUUUUUGGUGGGGAGGGUGGGAGGGGAUGAGAAAUGUAGCCAUUUUGUUUUCAUUUUUCUGAUGAUUUGUUCAGUGGACACUUGAAAUGUAAUUGGCCCCUAAGCUGCUCCUAGUGCUGAGCCUCGCCUGUUUAGAGUCUCCAGCCUUGUCCGGAGUGGACUCCCCAGCAACACGCUGUGACGAGAAAUACAGGCCUGAAACACCUGGAUAGGCUCAUAGACAAAAUGGCUUCCCUCCAUAUCCGGCCUUUGGACACAAGGUCAAAGAGUCGCCAUUCUAACUCCUAAAUGUUUGUGUCCGGUUGUUUUUGGGGGGGGUUGAGGGGGGGUCAUCUCUGCACAAGGCUUAUUGAUGGCCAAGACUUUACUGGCAGAUACUGAGCCAGCUACUACAAAAUAAAGGGGGUCUAAAACUCCACUUUCCUCUAUUAGGAGGAUUGUAGUCUCUAUUAGACUUGUGUUUAGUCGACAAAAUGUGUCUUACAUUUACAAUACAAGGUCUCUGACUGAGGAUUUAAAGAAAAGAAAAUAAAGAAUAAGAACAAAUCCUUUGGUUUCUCUGAAGGACAUCAUUAAGGUGUAGAGUUUGUAAGUUCUCUGCAGAGCUAUGAUGAGGUUGUUGGACUUGGCACUGAAUCAGAAAGUCACCACUUUUGGUGCUUGACUAUAAAAACACGAAAAUGCCAAAACCACCUCAGAACACCUCAGUGUCCUCUCUCUUUAUCUCUCGCUCUCUCUCUCUCUCUCUGAGGGACAGUUUACAUUUAUUCUUCCCCCGUUUAAGUUAUUAACCUUCAGCUUCUCUUUGCUUCUGUUUUCGUCUUCAUAUGUUGGUUUUAUGAACCUGCACUGCUGAGAGGAAGAAGGUCCUGUGUUUGACGACUAUGAAUUUCACUCCCUGUGCAGACCUGGGUCACAGCGCAGUGGUGUUUUAACCUGCUUCAAAGUACAAUAUAUUUUUACUACAUUGGGAUGGUUCUGAUAGUGUUAAAAAUGUGUGAAAACUGUCUGGCACUCGUUGUAUUGUCUCAUGUGGCAAACUGCUUUGAUCUUGUAUUCCAAGAAGGGAUAAAACAAACUAUAAGAACUGAUUUUACUGAAGCCAGGUCUGUCUUCUCUCGUGUGAGUGUUGUGUGUGUGUGUGUGUGUGUGUGAGAGAGAGAGAGCGAGAGAGAAGGCUCAGUCACAUCAUUUUGCACUGAAAGUUAACUGAGCUUAGCUGUCAGUUCAGUGCAGACUGAUCAGUUGGUUGGGAGAUCUGACAAAGAGUUUCUGGCUGUGCUGCAGAUUGGACACAAUAUCAUAUCUUCAUAAGCUGGUGAUCACAAAGCUAUAUUUUUACCUCUGCGUUUUAAGUUUAGUUUCAGACAUGCAGUCCUGACUGUGGUUCAGGUCACAGUCAGCUUUCUGGGAGGGUCGAGUUCCAGUUUCGCAGCUUGGCCAGAAGUGCACCAGCCCGACAAUGUGGACGUUGCAGUUGUCUUUUGUAACCCCACGCUCCAUUUUGGCGUUGGUCUCACAGGAGGGUUCAUGAGGUCAAGUUAGCCCAGUGAGUCGAGCAGUCCCGCGCAGGGAGUCCUCCCGUUGUUCUGAACCUGUGGCCAUUCUUUGUAAAACAUGCAGUCUGAUGAUGAUUCUAGCUGUGUAAGUUGAGAUGCAAUACUUACAAUAAAAACAAGAUUUUCAAACCUGAA